CUGUUUUUUUGUUGUUUGCGCUCACACAUUUCCUCUCUCGCCUGCACAGCAGCAGACAUUUGCAUUCUCCUUGGUAAUAACAACACCCCCAGGCUUCACUGAACACACCCUUCUCCUCCAGAACCUUGCUUCUGCGAUCGCACAAGGACCAUGAAGAUCUCCGCAGCCCUCGCGCUGGUGGCCACGCUUGCCGUCGCCGCCUCCGCAGCCCCCGCGUACUCAACCGACUCCGGUUGGAAGGUUGUCGGUGACGCCGCUGGCACCGUCAAGUUCCACAUCGCCCUGGCGCACGCCAACCCGACCGCCAUUGUCAACAAGCUGUAUGAGGUGUCCGACCCUGCCUCCCCGGAGUACGGCAACCACUGGACCCGCGAAGAGCUCAAGCAGCACUCCAAGCCCGUCGAUGGCGCCGUCAAGCGCGUCACCACCUGGCUCAGCGACGCCGGCAUCACAGCUGUGACGCCCAACUGGUGCGGCGAUAUCCUGACUGUGCGUGCAUCUGCCGCUGCUGUUGAGUCGCUCCUCUCCCUCGACCUCCAGACCUUCUUCCACACCGACGCAAACUUUACCAUCGUCCGUGCAACAGAGCCCUGGUCCCUCCCCGCACACAUCGCCGCCGAUGUCGACACCAUCUUUGGUCUGCAUGCCUUCCCCGUCACCCGCGCACACGUGUCGCACGUGGGCAGCAACGGCAUGGCACCCCAGGCUGGCAAGGUCACCCCAUCCGUCCUCCGCUCCCUCUACGGCAUCAACGAGCAGUACUCUGGCAGCUCCAGCAGCUCUCAGGGUCUGGCCGAGUUCCAGCACCAGGGUUACAGCGUCAGCGACCUCGCAAAGUUCAUCCAAGAGUUCAACCUCCCCAAGCAGACUGUGCGCAACAUCACUGGGGAUGGGCAGACGGUGAUUGGGCACACUGAGGCCAACCUUGACGUGCAGUACAUCAUGGUCACAGGCUCCCUCAUCCCAACAGACUUCUUUGUGCAGAAGGGCAACGAGUUUGACCUGCUUGCGUGGAGCCAGGAUGUUGCCGCGGACCCGUACUCUGCGAUGGUGUGGUCUGUCAGCUACGGCGAGGACAUUGAGACCAUUGUCAGCUCCUUUGACGACUCGUACCCGACCCGCUUCAACACGGAGGUGGCCAAGCUCGGCACGCUCGGCAAGAGCAUCCUCUUUGCCUCUGGCGACUCUGGCGUCUACUCCCGCCAAUCCGUCGACCGCGAGUUCCGCCCCGACUUCCCCGCAUCCCUCCCCGCAAUCACGGGCGUUGGCGCCACCCAGCUCAACUUCGAUGGAUCGGAGGACACCGGCACCUCCUUCAGCGGCGGCGGCUUCUGCCUCUCCAAGUACUUCACCCGCUCCCAGGACUGCACCUACCAGAACACGGCUGUGUCCAACUUCUUCAGCAAGAGCUCCAACCUUCCUCCCAGCCACCUCUACGACAAUGCCGGCUGCGGCUACCCUGAUGUGUCUGCGCAAGGCGUCAACUUCCAGGUUGUCGUGAACGGCAUCACACAGGGCGUGUCCGGCACCUCCGCCUCGUGCCCAACCGUUGCCGGUGUCGUCGCCCUCCUCAACGACGUGCGCCUGACCCAGGGCAAGUCUCCGCUCGGCUGGCUCAACCCACUCUUCUACGCCCACCCCGAGGUCUUCAACGACAUGACCAAGGGCACCAACCGCGGCUCGGGCAUCUACGGUUUCACCGCCAUUGAGGGCUGGGAUCCCGUCACAGGCCUUGGCACGCCGAACUACCCCAAGCUGAAGCAGCUUGUGCUCAGCCUCUAAGCGCUCACAAGCCCAGCCUUGCCUUGCCUUGCUUUUGCAUCGCUGCAUGGCUGCUCGUGUCAAUGCGUGUUUUGCUUUCCUCUCUUUCCUCCCUUUCUUUCAGUCCCUUUUGUCUCAUUGCUGCUCUUUAUGUUUCGUUCAACCUUCUUUCCUGCUCGCAUACUCGAUCGCAUUCGUCGACUUGCUUGAUUGUUCCUCUCCAAUACACACACCGACACGCGA